AUGGCAUCGCAGGAAAAGUGUGUUUAUGUUGGCAAUCUCGAUUGGACGACUACCGAAGAUGAGCUCGGUGAUCAUAUGAAGAAGGUUGGACCUGUCGUGUCGGUCGAUAUUAUGACCAGAAACGAUGGUAAAUCCAAAGGCUGCGGGAUAGUCGAGUUUAAGGAGGCGAGCUCAGUGGCGAAGGCUAUUGAUACGCUCAAUGAGACGCAAUUGGGCGAGAGAAAGAUCUUUGUCAGAGAGGACCGUGGCCCUGCGAAGCCUUGGUCCGAGAGUGGUAGUCUUGGGCAGGUCUCUUCUCUACUGUGCUCUCCUCGUGGUGGCAAGGGUAAGGGUAAGGGUAAAGGGAAAGGGAAGGGUAAAGGGAAGGGAUAUUGGGAUUGGGGAUUUGAUUGGGGAUACCCUGGUAAGGGUAAGGGUUUUAAGGGCUACAAAGGCAAGGGCGGCCUCAGACCACUUCGUGUUGGCCCUCGUGAUAAAGGGAGGCUCAUCUACGUUGGCAACUUACCUUGGAGGACAGCCUGGCAAGAUCUUAAAGAUCUUUUCCGUGAAUGCGGUGAAGUUAUACGUGUCGAUAUCGCCGAAGGUUGGGACGGCCGUUCUAGAGGCUUCGCCACUGUUCUCUUCGAGGAUGAAGAGAGCACUACCAAGGCCAUCGAGAAGUAUAAUGAGUACGACUUUGAAGGGCGCAAGCUACUCGUGCGCGAAGACAAGUUCGUUCAAUAA